UCGGCCCCUGCCGCCAGCGGGAGACUGGUUUGACUUGGCUCUCCGCUCCACCUCAGAGUCGUCCAAGCCCAGUGGAGGAUGGACACCCGGCCCCGGCGCCCCCGCCCCCCGGCCCCCCGGCCCGCUCUGGCUGACCUACCCCUGUGGUCCCUGCUGCUGCUGCUCUUGCUGCCGCCUCCUGGAGCUCCGUCCGAUUCCACACCUGCGCCGAGCCCUCAGAGUCGCCCAGCCAACUUGGACUCAGACGCCCUGCACCUUGGCAGUCAUGGGAGGCUUGGGCCUGUCCUUAAUAUGACCUUUGACCUCACCAAGGUCACUAGGGCCACCUCCUACUUCGACCUGCGCACCUGGGACCCAGAGGGGGUGGUGUUUUAUGGGGACACGGACCCCAAUCUCGAUUGGUUCCUGCUGGGGCUGAGAGAGGGUCGAGCGGAGAUCCAGAUAAACAACCCCCACGCCCAGGUGACGGUGGCGGGGGGACCCAAACUCAACGACGGGAAAUGGCACCGGAUGGAGGUGACGAACAAGCAGGACAUGGUGUUGCUGGCCAUCGAUGGGGAUGAAGUGCUCACGCUCCGCCAGGUCUCGAAGCCGCUCGCUGGGGCCCCGCUGCCCCUCAUGAAGAUCGCCCUGGGAAACCUUCUCUUCCCUCCCAGCAAACUCCGCCUCCCGCUGGUCCCGUCCCUGGACGCCUGCCUUCGCCGCUCCAUCUGGCUCGACGUACCCUUGGCCUCAGUUUCCCCCCCGCCUACCCGACGGUCACCCCUCAGGGCCUGUGAGCCUGACCCCGGCCCCGGGGCCUACUUCCCGUCCGGAUCAGAGGCCCAGUUUGCCCUUAGAGACCUCGGCCCCCCAGGAGCGGAUCCCUGGAACUUCACGGUGGAGCUGGGGCUGCGGCUGGUGGGAGAGGGCGGGCCCACCCGGAUCCUGGCUUUCGGGACCCCCGACGGCGACCCCCUGCUCAGCCUGCACCUGCAGAACCAGGCCUUCGUGCUGUCGGCGGGGCCGGGGCCGGGGCCGGGGCGGGCGCGUCUGGCCCGGGGCCCGGGGGUCCGGGCCGCCCCUCUGGUGCUCCGCCUGGGCCCGGCGGCCGCCUGGCUGAGGCUGGGGCCCCGGGAGGCGGCGCUGCCCCUGCCCCCGCCGCGCUUCGCCGCCGUCGCCGCCCUCUGGGAGCAGCCCCACGGAGCCCUGCUCCUCGGCCCCGGACCAGGAUCGGACCCGCGGGCUUCUCCGGCCGCUUUCUGCCUGGAGAGGCUGCUGGCGCAAGGCCAGGCCCUGGACCCGGACCGAGCACGAAGCUUGAGCGACGCCAUCUGGAGCCACAGCUGCCCCCGGAAUCCCGAGAACGCCACCCAGAUUCCCUGAUAGAUGGUCCUCAGAAUCCCGGGAACCCCCCCCAGAUUCCCCGAUAAACGCCCCCCUCACCGCGCCCCUCCCAGCCCGUAGCCGUUGCUGCUUCCCCCUGCCCCCCGAUAAUAAGCAAUCGAUCGGUCCAUGGUAUUUAUUGAGCGCUUACUAUGUGCAGAGCCCUAGACCAAGUGCUUGGGAGAGGAUAAUACCACAGAAUUACAUUCCUUGCCCGUAAAGAGCGGA